AUGCACCUCUUGUUGCUACUACUUGGAAUUUGUCUUUCUGUUCCUUCAUAUUCGCGUUCGGUCGACAAAAAUCGGGCCACUCCCGCAGCGGCCGUAGCGAGCGCAGUAAGUCCAGGAACGAACACAGCUAGAGCCUUGAAUCCAAUAGCCGUCGUACCAGGCACACCAAACCCAUACCAGCCAGUCGUAUAUCCAGGAACUGGCACCGUAUACCCUGGAACCGUCUUUCCGGGAACAACAUACCCAUUCCAACCAGGCGUAGUAUGGCCAGGAACAGGCACCGUUAACCCUGGAACCGUCAUUCCGGGAACAACAAACCCAUUCCAACCAGGUGUAGUGAAUCCAGGAGUGGUCUUGCCUGGUACCGUAUACCCUGGAACCGUCUUUCCGGGGACAACAAACCCAUACAGACCUAAUGUUUUUAACCCUUACCAACCUGGUAUAGUGAACCCCGGGAUAUAUGGCCCAUACAGACCUGGCGUAAUGAAUCCUUUCAUCUAUGGACGAAUGCGAGGAGGACGAGGAAGGCGUGGACUUCGCCAUCGCCGUCGCUAUCAAACUAAUGGAACGAAGCCGGAUAUAAGCAAGAAUCGUAACUGUACUGAUACUUCCAAAUACUGCAUAAAGACGCUUGCUACCCAAAGUGGGAAGCAACGAGCAUUUUACGACUGUGCUGAUGAUACUCAAUGCUGGGCCGAAGGGUGCACUUACCCGUCCAAGGGUGCAGCAGUCUGUUGCUGCAGCGAGGAUGAGUGCAACUCAUCGCCAACGUUCAAGUUGAUACCAGCAGUGAUUCCCAUGGCUAUUAUGAAGUUUUUCGGCCUAUAA